AUAUAUAUAUAUGUAAAAGAACCACCAUUCAACAUAUUCUUCAUUCUCAAAAAAGUAUUUCCAAUAAGGAGUGGUGCAUACAGAAAAUUUAAAAUUAUAUAUAUAAUUAAAAGGACCACUCUCCUCGUUAACUGAUUAAAAAAAAAAAAAAGUGGUUAAUGUGCCGAGCUGCCAUGGCUGCCCAAAGCUUCUGGCUUUACAUAUCCAUGCUUCUGAGUUUGCUGGCGAUUUUAUCAUCAUAUGGGAGUUGCAGCUUUGACACUCACCUCUCCAUUGAAGAAGCAACUGUGAAAGAUCUCCAACUUGCUUUCUACCAAAACAAACUCAUCUCCAGGCAACUUGUCAAGUUUUACCUAAAAGUGCGUAGAUUUAACCCCAUUCUGAAAGGGAUCAUAGAAGUGAAUCCAGAUGCUUUAGACCAAGCCUCUCAAGCCGAUCUUGAGCGCAAGAGAAACUCACCAAGCUCUUUGUCUCCACUGCACGGCAUUCCUGUACUUGUAAAAGAUAACAUUGCAACCAGGGAUAAGCUCAACACAACGGCUGGCUCUUUUGCUCUGCUUGGCUCUAUUGUUCCUCGUGAUGCAGGGGUGGUGACCAAAUUGAGGAAGGCAGGUGCAAUUAUCUUUGGGAAAGCGAGCCUGAGCAAGUGGUCCUAUUUCAGGUCCUGAAUCCCCAGUGGUUGGAGCGCUAGGGGUGGCCAAGGGAAGAAUCCUUACACAAUGGGAGAACCGUGUGGCUCGAGUGGCGGCUCUGCCAUAUCCAUUGCAGCAAAUAUGGUUGCAGUUUCACUGGGAACUGAAACAGAUGGAUCAAUAUUAUGCCCUUCUAUUCUCAACUCAGUAGUUGGCAUCAAACCCACAGUAGGUCUCACCAGUCGAGCAGGGGUCAUUCCAAUCUCUUUAAGGCAGGACACUGUCGGGCCUAUUUGUAGAACAGUAUCAGAUGAUGCUUAUGUUCUAGGUGCCAUUGUAGGAGCGGACAAAAAUGAUAACUCAACAAUUGAAGCAUCAAAAUACAUUCCAAGAGGGGGAUAUGCCCAAUUUCUAAGGGCUGAUGGGCUGAAAGGAAAGAGAAUAGGAAUCGUGAGGAAAUUCUUUGAUUUUGGCCAUGAUGAUGCUUUCUACCCUCGAGCUUAUGAGAAAGUUUUCAAAACCCUGAGGCAAGGAGGAGCAGUCUUUGUAGACAAUUUGACGAUAGACAGCCUACAGGUAAUCAUGGGCAGUUCAAGUGGAGAGGAAACUGCAUUGCUUGCCGAGUUCAAAAUAUCCCUAAAUGCAUACCUCAAACAGCUAGUUGCCUCUCCAAUUCGAUCCUUGUCUGAUGCAAUAGAAUUCAACGAAAAGAACUCAAAACUUGAAAAGCUAAGGGAGUAUGGUCAGAACUUAUUUAUAGAAGCAGAAGCCACAAAAGGAAUCGGAGAUGCAGAAAAGGCAGCAUUAGCCAGAUUAGCAAAACUGUCAAAGGACGGAUUUGAGAGAGUAAUGCUUAAGAAUAAGCUUGAUGCAAUAGCAGCUCCUGGUUGGGAAAUCUCUUCUGUUCUUGCAAUUGGAGGUUUUCCUGGAAUUAGUGUACCAGCUGGAUAUAACUCUCAAGGGGUUCCCUUUGGCAUCAGCUUUGGAGGAUUAAAAGGGUUCGAGCCAAGGCUGAUAGAGAUUGCAUAUGGAUUUGAGCAUUUGACUAAGAGUAGAAAGUCCCCUUCAAUUAAAAGACGUUAAAUUAACCAUCUAUGAAUGAAAUUUUAAGACAGACUUCAGAAAGUUUGCCAUAAGCAAUUAGACUUAUAACGUUUAAACCUUGUGAUGAAACUACAUGCUUCAAUAAGUAAUAAAAUGUUUUCAUUAACUUAUAGACAAAACUUCUAAGAUAUUGACUGAUAAUAUUUGACAUAGGUGCAGAAAGAAAGCCCUGUUGACCUGUUUUGCAUAAUUCUUAAGCAUCUUUAAUGAUUAAAAGAAAUGAGCAUCAUUUAUCUCCAUUUCAUUUCUAAUGAAUCUAGGUUUGUAUAAUGAGUCUGUUUCUAGAUCCACAGGUUUUGUCACUAUUUCAGCUUCCAACAAAGUGUUGUUCCAUAUUGAAUGAGCCUUCCGCUAAAUCAAUAUCUCAUGCCCUCCCAACUCCAUGUACUACUAAAAUUUUAAGACCUUUGGUGUUUUUUUAUUUUAUUUUAUUUUUUUUCGGGGGGGGGGUUCAACCAUUGCAUGUGAAAAUUGAACUAUUGAUUUUUGAGAUAAUAAUUAUUGUUUAUCCACUAAGUUAUGACCUGAUUGAAUGGCCUUUUUUCUUAAUAAGUUCCACACCAAUCUUGCAAACUGACAACUCCAAAGAAGGUGAUCCAAGUCUUCUGACAAAGAAUAUUACAAAAAGGCCCCAUAAGAAAGCCUACUUCCUCAAAAACCUAUCUAUAGAGUUUAACUUGUCAGGUUAAAAACUUAACUUUCUUAGAGAUCUUAAUCCUCCAAAACACAUCAAAGAUCGACUUGCUAAUGGGAGAGAGAUCCAAAAACAACCGAAAAAAGGAUAUACAAGGAAAACUCUCAAGAGGAUAUUAGGCCUCCGAUUGUACUGCAGUAUCAAAGAAGGAAGAAUAAGGGUAAUAUGGGAAAAGUAGAAGUUACGACGGUUAGAGAGGUUGGGGACCACAGUUAAGUGGCUUUAAAUUCGGUUGGGAGAAGUUCUCAUUUAAAAGAAGAGGGAAGCGGGACAGGGGAAGACAUUGAAGAACUGAACAUCUUGGGUGAGGAAAGUGAGCUCUCACGUGUGUGGGGAGUUCAGGCUAGAUUGAUCGUGUAAAGGCGGCAAAAGAGUCUCAGUGAUCGUGUAAUCGCUCAUCGCCUACUUCAUCUACUAGGCAAUCGUGUAGAAGAGUCUCAGCGAUCGUGUAGUAAGAGUAAACGAUCGUGUAGAAGAUAGUGUGAUCGUGUAGUUAUUGUUUGUCUGUUAUCGUUUAGCAAAGUAUAUGUAAAUCGUUUAGCGGAAUUGAUAUACGAUCGUGUAAUCGCACUUUACCAAUAAAUAAAUUCUAAACGAUCAGUUUCCUAUCAGAGGAUUGGGACUCCAAAUGUGAACAUCCUCUCCCCCUAGCCUAAAAUUAAACUAAUCAAGUAUGGACAACAAAGAAGCCACCUCCAUCGUUUCAUUAUUGGACAAAGAACAAUGGAAACCAAAGGAAAAGGACACCAUGCUCCCUGACCAAACCAAGAAAUCAGAAACAAGAUGAUUUUAUAAGAAGAAAGAUGAUAUAAAUGAGGAAACGCAAAGCAGGGGUCUAGCCUCUAUAUAAAUGCAUUGACUCCACUAUGCAUUUCAAUUCUAUUAAAAUGAAUUCACUUUUAACGCUUGCAUCGAUAAAAUGGAUUGAAACACUGGGUUGGAUUUGACUUCAAUGGUAUAUUGAUAUAAAAAUCUCCAAGAAAUGAAGGCCAGAGGUGAAUCCAAGCUGUCAUUUACUUUCCAGUUCAAUAUAAACUGUAGUGAAACCUAACCCAGAUAACAAAUCUCAUAAUUAGCAGAUACAAUCAAAUUGCAAUAACCAUUGGUUUCAAUCACGCAAUAUAAGAAUCAAGAACCAACUCUACAAUAGCCAAUAUCAGGGCAUAGAUAAUAGUACUCUUGCAGAGAAACGAAGAACAACAUGAA